AUGGUGAGCUACUUCGUAGAAAUUGCUGCACUCAUCAACACUGGGUUCUCCGAACAAUGCCAACCGGAGAAGAUGAGCGUUGGUUACACCUUCUGGAUCGGUCGCCUCAAGGCAGAGCGACGUGACGCGGAAGUCGCCUUUACGAUCGAAACCGAUAUUGGGGGAAGACUGCCCUGUCUGCUGCAAGGCAUCCACGAUCGCCCAAUGAGCCUCCGUCUGUCUAUCCGAGGAGGUGAAUUCACUACCAUCAUUAGGGCCUAUGCCUCAGCAAUGACCGGGCCAGACAAGGAGAAGAAAAAGUUUUAUGAGGACCUGCACGUUCCUCUGACGUCUGUGGAUAAGGUGGAUAGGGGAAUAUUCCUUGGUAACUUAAAUACUCCCGUCCGAACAGACUGUGUUACCUGGAGGAAAGGGUUGGCAAAUUGAAUACCGGUUUGUUGUCUUUUCCUGAUCACAAUUUGCAUUUCAGCAAUCAACUAAUCAAGCUGCUAGAAGACCUACUAGCAGCAGACUUGCUGUUGCCGACUACGGACGCAAUUCAUUCGACCGCCCUGACAGUCCUCGGUCGCGCACAUCGCCACCACCAGGACUGAUUCGACGACAACGAAGCAGUUAUCAGUAACCCGGUUGGCAAGAAGAAAAGUUUACAUAAGGCUUACCUCGACCGCUCAACCGAUACGAACAAAGCGGCCAUCUACCAAUGUCGCCACCUAGAUCAGAAACGGUCGUAAGAAAUGCAAGACUCCUAGAUGGUUUGCAAGGUUGAGAAGACCCAGGCAUACGCCGUCCGCCAUGACUCAAAGAAAUUCUUUCCUGACCCCUACCAAAGGAACUGCACCCGCAUCUCAGCUACGAUUGGUCAGUGCUUUUGACAAGGGAGAGGCAGAUUCUGAAACGCUUGGUCAUGCACUUCAGAAAGGUCCUAAAUCUUUCCUCCAAAAUCGCCGACGCCAACAUCCACCGGCUUCCGCAACUGGAAAUCAACGUCGACCUGAACCUCUCGCCCUCCAUUUCAGAAGCUUUUUGUGCCGUGCAAAGACCUUCUAGCGUGAAAGCAUUAAACUCCAACACAAUCCUGACCGAAUCCUUACCCCACGGCGGUCACCGCUUGGUGGUCCAACUCACGACGCUAUUUCGAGGGGUGCGGCUCUGUGUGCAGGUUCGUCACCGCUUCAAGGACACAACCAUUGUUCACCUCUACAAACGCAAAGGUAGCCGGCAGGUCUGCGACAAUCACAGGGGCAUUUCACCAUACAACAUCGCCGGGAAGAUCUUUACUCCUAUCCUCCUCAAUCGCCUUAACGGACAUCUCGAGCAAGGAGUCUUGCCGGAAAGUCAGCGUGGUUUCCAACGACACCGGGGCUCCACUGACAUGGUGUUUGCCGAUCGCCAGCUGGAAGAGAAGUGUCGGGAUAUGCGAACCGCCCUCUACACCUCCUCCGUGGACUCGACGAAAGCCUCUGAUACGGCGAAUCACACGGGACUAUGA